AUAUGAUUGAAAUUCGAUUUAGUAGCAUCUUGGUGGGUGUGAUGAAAUUUCGGUUUAGUAUCAUCUUUGUUAAUUAACGGAUAAGAUUAAAUAUCGGUUGGUCAAAUCCGGUUUAGUAUCAUUUUGGUUAAUUAUCUCCCUCUUCGUCUUCCAGAUUAUCCUUCCCUCCAAUCCUCCAUCGGAGCUCGCCGUCGCCGUCGAAGAUUCCUUACAUUCGCAAAACGCUAUGGACGCCAACAAUGCUUUCGAUUCUGAUCUGAUUCACGCCAUCUUCAAGCACAUUUGGGCGCGAAGAUUUCGCGAAAGAGAGAGGAGUGAUGCAAUUGAUGCUACAGACGCUGAGGUUGCGUUGGGAACAUCCAAGAAGAACAGACUUGCUUCUGCGAAUGCAAAUGCUCUGAAACUUAGCUGUGAGCUUCUCAAGAGUUUUGUCUCAGAGGCUGUGCAGCGCGCGGCUAUAAUUGCUGAAGCUGAGGGGAUGGAUAAGAUCGAAGCGAGUCAUUUGGAGAGAAUUCUUCCUCAGCUUCUUUUAGACUUUUAAAAGGUAUCAUUGAUAAUAAUUUGGCUGUUAAUGUCUGAUGAUUAACAGUGAUUUCACGCAAGGUUUUUUGAAGAUAGUAUAAAUAGUCUAUCUCUGGUUGCUAUUUCGCAUGUGUUAAUAUGGUUCAUGUAAGGUUAUUCUAUGAGAAAAAGAGAGCGAAGUAUAUGUAUUUGACUUGAUCCUGUCCGUUACAUACAGUAAAUAAAGUAGUGUUUGCAUGCA